GUAAAGGUCUACGUUAUAUUAAAUAAUCAUAAUAAUUCAGUUAACUCGUUCAGCUUAUCCGUGACGGUCUUGUAUUUAAAAGUCUCUCUUCGAUAACACUCGUACAAACAACAAUAAUCAACGUAAUUUAAAGUUAUUGGAUCUUCACUUAGAACUCCUACCUACGUAAUAUUAAAAUAGAGAAAAUAUAUAAGACCAACAGAGGCUGAUAAUCGUCAGUUCACUCGAUACCUUUCAGCGAACCAUAUCUAGACUUUUUAAAUUUUCAUUCAAGCAAGAAUACAAUGAAGAUAAGUCUAUAUUUGAGUGUACUCCUCUUGGCAUUGGUCAUCAAAAUCGUAACAGCUAAUGUUAGAUUGCAGCGUUCACCUCAACAAUAUUGUGGCUCUAGAUUGGCAGACAUCAUGAGAGUUCUGUGUAAAAACAAGUACAAUGGACCAAAUGGAAAAAAAAGAAACCCAAUUGAAUCAGAUGUAUGGGAUUACAAAGACGUAGAAGACUACAAUGCAAUUGACUAUCCAUACCAGCCAAAGAGAGAAGCAAUGCCGUUCAUGCCCUCACGUUUCCAACGCACUUUUAAAAGAAGUAUUAUCGAUGAAUGUUGUCACAGACCCUGCUAUUUAUCUGAACUAAAAACUUAUUGUGCAAAUUAAUAAUAAUAAUAGAUUUAGUUGUAUACAUAAGUGUUUUUAGACGCAGAAUAAAGUUGUAACUAUUAUUAUAUAAA